CUGUUACCUUAUCUAAAAACAAAUCCGAUUCGACCAUCCUUCCUCGAGUUGUAAGUGACGUAUGCGGAAAUGCAUAUGGUGCGAUCGCGACAGUUUGGUACAGACGUGGGAUUUUGGAAAUCAAGGGUUGUGGCUGAGGGGGUGACAUACUAGGAAUCCCUUAAUAUGAGUGAUGAUAAACCUUUUCAAUGUACUGCUCCUGGGUGUGGACAGAGGUUUACGAAUGAGGACCACUUGGCUGUCCACAAACACAAACAUGAGAUGACACUGAAGUUUGGUCCAGCAAGGACAGACACUGUUAUCAUUGCUGACCAAACCCCAACACCUACUCGCUUUUUGAAGAAUUGUGAGGAGGUUGGACUCUUCAAUGAACUUGCUAGUCCGUUCGACCAUGACUUCAAAAAAGCAACAGAAGAUGAAAUUAAAAAGUUACCGUUGGACUUGUCGCCUCUUGCAACGCCUAUCAUACGCAACAACAAAAUUGAGGUGCCAACAGCAAUGGAGGCACAUCGAGACAGCCCUCUGCCUCACCCUGAAUCUACCACGAGUGAUGACAAGGAAAUAUCUUUGCAGCCAGCCUCACUGCCAACAUCCACUAUAGUCCAUCCUGCAUCCCUCCAAGUUCCCAAUGUACUUCUAGCAACCACAGAGGCUAGUGUUGUAAUACAGCAAGCGCUCCCAUCACCAACAUCUAGCUCUGUUAUUACCCAAGUCCCAUCCACUAAUAGGCCUAUAGUCCCAGUGUCUGGCACCUUCCCUGUGCUCUUACAGCUGCCUAAUGGUCAGACCGUGCCGGUCGCCAUACCUGCAUCAAUAACAAGCUCAAGUGUACAUAUCCCGACUGCGAUCCCUCUUGUCAGACCUGUCACCGUAGUGCCUAACGUCCCCGGGAUCCCAGGACCUCCCUCGCCACAACCCCAACCACAGCCACCGCAGCCCGCCCAAACAGAAGCAAAGCUGAAUCUCAAAACAACAAUAAGCCAGCAGAUUCCUCAGGUAACAAACGGAGAUGGUGCUGAAGUCCAGAGCAGCGCUGUAACUGCUGCUCCCUCUUCUCCUGCUCCACCCCCGAUACCGACCCCGGCUACGACUCCAGUCCCGAUGGCAGUCCUGUCUCCUGUUCCACCUCCUCAGCCUCCCAUAACUGAGGAACCUUCACCCCAAACUCUUCAGCAGCCAGCCACCUCCACCACAGAGACCCCUGCUUCACCAGUCCCUCCUCCUCCUCCAAACCCUCCAAGCACAGGAGGUCGACGACGCAGAACCACAAGUGAAGACCCCGAUGAGAAGCGGCGCAAGUUCCUGGAGCGCAAUAGAGCGGCGGCCUCUCGCUGCAGGCAGAAGAGGAAAGUGUGGGUCCAGUCCCUCGAGAAGAAGGCAGAUGACCUCAACUCCACCAAUGGACAACUACAGAAUGAAGUCACCCUGCUGAGAAACGAAGUGGCUCAGCUGAAGCAGCUUCUUCUGGCUCAUAAAGAUUGCCCCGUAACCGCCUUGCAGAAGAAAUCUGGCUAUCACAUCUCUGACAAAGACGAGAGCUGCGAGGAGAUGUCCGUCCCCAGCAGCCCCCAGAACGAGGCCAUCCAGCACAGCUCCGUCAGCACCUCCAACGGGGUCAGCUCCUCUUCCUCCUCCUCCUCCACGACCCAGUCCAGCGCCACCAACUCUACAUCCAACCAGAGCACAGAGGAGAGUGAGCUGCGGAGGGGCGACGCCCAGACCCAGCCUUCAGGGAGUUGAUCAUCCCAACCCCCCCCUUGUCAAGUGUCAAUACUGGAGCGCUGUCACCUUUUUGAUCUCUAUGACAAAAAAAUUGAGAAAAGAAAUUGUGUCUCAGCUUCAGUUGUGACUGCACUGAUUUUAUUCCUCAUUUAUUUGUUUUUUGAACAUGCAAUGUGUUUUCUCUGAAAUAGAUGAAGACAGAAGAACGGGCACUUUAGGUGUAAGGUGACUUAUUUAUUCAUCUUGUUUUUGAAGGUUGAUCAGUGAAUUGUUAGACAACUUACCAAAGUGUUUGGUGGCUCAUUCAUAAUUGAUUCACUUUGUUUUUCCUGACUUUUUCUCAGCACUAUCUUAAUGAUGAAGUUACAUUAAGAGCAGUCACUUUUCCUUUUAUUUUAUUUGGAAAUGUGUUUUUUCCAUUUUGCACAUUUUGAGAGAUGACUGGUUUAUCUUUCUUAGAGUUGACAGUCCACAUAUGUUAAGUACUGGCAGCUUUUUUGUAGAGUAGUUUGGAAUACUGUCACAUUACACAAAUGUAAAUGGCUGAAUCAGACUUUAACAUUUGAAAACUUUUCUGUAGUCGCAUUGUGCAGUUUGAAUGUUUGUAAAAAAAAGUCUUAAGGAGGAGAGCUUGUUAGAAACGUGUGAUAGUUCAUCGACAUUCCAUCUGUGGUCUGAUUGUUCCUGAAGCAGUGAUUGUAGGAUUGCAGUAUCUUUUCCAUUACUCAAUCAUGGUGAUGUUGACUUCAUUCAGUGCCAUUAAUGUUUUUGUAAUUCCGUACAUUUUUUUACACAGAUUGUCUUGAGUUGCUCUCUCAGAUUAAGGAUCUCAUGGACAUAGUUUUUCAGUAAAGAAAUCUCUUUGUAUACCGUCUUUGCUUUCUAAGUGACUGUUAACCGCUUCAGUGUCUUUCACAGAAACACUUCAGGACAUUAAGCUGUUAUCAUGAUCGCAGUUCUCGAUGACAUUUUUUAGAAAACAUUGUAAAAAUAACAUGUGGUGUGAUCUUUCUAGGUGUUAUGUACUUUGUUUUUUUAAGAGUAGUCUGGGUUCAGUAGUCGAUCACAUGAACUCUGUUAGCAGUUAAAAACUGAUCUUAAAAGCUUUUAAAGUGUAAGGCCUCUUUCUGCCUGACUUCAUACCUUUUCAUGUCAAAUGAAAUAUUCAGAUGUGAACUAGAAUCACAUAUUAAAUAAAGCACCACUACUGCUUGUAAGAAUUGUGAGCAUUUUAUCAAUGAAAUAACAGUAGAAGAAGAACACCACUCCUUGAAGUCCAUUAGCCUUUUCUUUUAGUCUGUACCAGCUUACUACUGUGUAGUUUGAAGAGAAGCUAACAUCUCCUUUACUUAAAGUAUGAUUUAUUAAACUUGUGCUGUUCUGUGCUAUCUGCAUGAGAUAAUAAUUCUCUGCGAGAAUUUAACUGUUCAUUAGAAAAUGUCUCGGUCAGAUAAAUAUCAUUAAACAAGUUGGUUCAACUUGAGUUGUGGUUCUAAGUUUACGAGACUUUGCUUCUUUGUUUUUCCUGGGCUAAACUGCUAAAAGAAAACGGAGUGUGAUACUGUGUUGAAAUUGUACUUGUAACUUGUGAAAGUUCUGUAUAAAUUUGAAUCAAUAAGUUGUUGGAAUAAACCUUUUAAUAUCUCUUUAAAA